AUGAAAAACUCCACGAACCCUAUCGUGGAAUUUAUGGAAAAUCCAUACAGGUAUUGGACCGACGACUAUGUCACAAGUCACGUGGGCUUCUUGAGAAACGGCAUGAUGUAUGAGUACGGAUUCCCAGAUGAUAGAACUGAUCUCAGGAACAAAGACAGAUUUAUUGCUGAGUACAUCGGGUUCUUGGAACAGAAAUUUGAUUUUGUAAUCGUCUUAGAAAUGUUUGAUGAAAGUUUGGUGUUACUACGCCGCUUGCUAUGCUGGGAUAUGGACGACAUCUUGUAUGCUGUAAGAAACAAACGGGAAUAUGAAUACAAAAACGUGAACAAUGAAAUUACUAUGAAGAAACAUGGGAUGUGGAGCAAAGCUGACUAUCAGUUAUAUAACCACUUCUUUACCAAGUUACGGAACACUGUUUUGUUGCAAGGGUCAGGCUUUUAUCGUGAGGUGUCGCUCUUCCGUCGAGCAAUCGCGGCACUGAGCAAAUGUAAGCUUGAGCAUUUUAAGGAUUGGAAAAAAGAACUCAGCAGUAAAGUAUCGGGCAUAUAUUCCCAUUGUUAA